GGGCAGAUCCUCUGGCUGUCGGAGCCUCAGCAAUCUCACUCCCAACCCAGGCUAUGGACGCGGCCGCGCUGCUGCUCCUCGCCGCGGCCACCGCCGUCGUGACGCUCGGGUGGCUCUACGCCGCCGGCCAUGCCGCGCGGGGUGCGAAGAAGAGGGCGCGGAUGCCGCCCGGGAGCACGGGGUUGCCUCUGGUUGGCGAGACGCUGCGGCUCAUCUCCGCCUACAAGACGCCCAACCCGGAGCCCUUCAUCGACGAGCGCGUGGCGCGCCACGGCGGCGUCUUCACCACCCACGUCUUCGGCGAGCGCACCGUCUUCUCCGCCGACCCGGCCUUCAACCGCCUCCUCCUCGCCGCCGAGGGCCGCGCCGUCCACUCCAGCUACCCGUCCUCCAUCGCCACGCUCCUCGGCGCGCGCUCGCUGCUCCUCACCCGCGGCGCCGCGCACAAGAGGCUCCACUCGCUCACCCUCACCCGCCUCGGCCGCCCCGCCUCGCCGCCGCUCCUCGCGCACAUCGACCGCCUCGUGCUCGCCACCAUGCGCCAGUGGGAACCCGCUGCCACCGUCCGCCUCCUGGACGAGGCCAAGAAGAUCACCUUCAACCUCACCGUCAAGCAGCUCGUCAGCAUCGAGCCGGGACCGUGGACCGAGAGCCUCCGCUGCGAGUACGUCAAGCUCAUCGACGGCUUCUUCUCCAUCCCCUUUCCUUUCGCCCACCUACUCCCUUUUACCACCUACGGCCAGGCCCUCAAGGCGAGGAAGAAAGUGGCGGGGGCGCUGCGGGAGGUGAUAAAGAAGAGGAUGGAGGAGAAAGCCGAGAAUGGUGGCGUUGAUGGGGAGGAUGAGGUGAAGAAGGAGAAGAAGGAUAUGGUCGAGGAGCUUCUUGAGGCGGAGGGUGGUAGCUUCUCGGAGGAGGAGAUGGUGGACUUCUGUCUUUCUCUGCUGGUGGCUGGGUACGAGACUACGUCUGUGCUCAUGACAUUGGCGGUGAAGUUCCUCACCGAGACGCCUGCGGCGCUGGCUGAACUCAAGGAAGAGCAUGCCAAUAUCAGGGGCAUGAAAGGCAAAAACCAACCCCUUGAGUGGAGCGAUUACAAGUCAAUGCCAUUUACCCAAUGUGUAAUAAAUGAAACACUUCGUGUGGGUAACAUUAUAAGUGGAGUAUUCAGGCGGGCAAACACUGAUAUUCAUUAUAAAGAUUACACAAUUCCGAAGGGCUGCAAAAUUUUUGCUUCAUUCCGAGCUGUGCACCUAAAUAAUGAACAUUACGAGAAUGCUCGGACAUUUAACCCUUGGAGAUGGCAGGACAACAAUAAACUUCAGAAUGCAGUAGGGGCAAAUAUAUUUACUCCAUUUGGUGGUGGACCUCGGUUGUGUCCUGGCUACGAGCUUGCCCGGGUUGUCGUUUCUAUUUUCCUCCAUCAUCUUGUAACGCGCUUUAGCUGGGAACCAACCGAGGAAGAUAGACUUGUCUUCUUCCCCACCACACGAACUCUCAAAGGAUACCCCAUCAACCUUCGGCUGCUUUCAGAAUCAAUUUGCUGACUAUACAUUGUUUUGCUGCUGCUGUUAUCUUCGAAGCAAAACUAAACAUAGAUAAAAUUAUAGAAAAAUAGUUCUCCCAUAGGUAGUGUAUCCUCCUUUUAUUUUCUUGUUUAUCCGUAACCUGAUAUGUGAACUAUAGGCAGCAGAAUUGUGCUACUUGUAAAAUGACCUAAUUUGCUGUGUAUGCCGGUUACGAGCAACAUUUUGUUGUGCACUCCAAGUGCUUAGCUAGUCCUAAUAUCUUGUAUUCCCUACAAUAUCAUCAGCAACGGGGAAAGGUCACAUGCCGUUUCCUCGUUUCAGGGUGUUUAGUUUUAGAUGGCAGUCUUUGUCAUGAAUAUCACUAUCUUGAACUAUUAAAAGUUUCUGCUAGAAGCACAGGAAAGAUUCUGUGCUUAAGUUCAGGGGUUGUUUAGCGUUGUAAAAAUUUUUGCUAAAGGAGUCACGUCGAACGUUUGACCGCAUGUUGGAAGAGGU